AACUCAGCAGAGGAUCCAAUAUAACCAUAAAGACGAACUCCAGUGUGGAGCGGCUGAGUGAACGUGGUCUGGACUCUGUGGAGGAGGGUCAUGGUUUCAGAGACGCUGUAGAAGGACAGAAUACCUGCACUGUGAUCCAGACUGAGAUCUCUCCGCCUCGAGCUGGAGACCGCCAGUGACAUCAUCAUCGGCAGCAGGUGAGUGGCGUCCCAUGGUGCCCUGCGGCGUCCGGGCGCCGCCAUGGGGGACGAGUCGUUCCCGGAGUGCCGGGCUCAGGAGCUGUUCGACGAGUUCGUCUCGGCGUCGACCUGCAGGGCGGCGCUGUGGUCCUUCGGCCAGCUGUGCGAACACCUGCACCUGGACCGGAGCGCCGCCGAGAGGCCGCUGUACCGGGCGAUCAAACGGCGCCUCAACUACUGGAAGGCCAACGCCCUGUGGGUCAAACUGGACCGCCGCGCCGCGCAGCAGGAAUACCUGAGGGCCCGCGCCUGCACCAACACCACCGUUGUGGUGAUCGGGGCGGGGCCUUGCGGUCUCAGGGCGGCGGUGGAGCUGAGCUUCAUGGGGGCUCGGGUGGUUCUGCUGGAGAAGAGAGACUCGUUCUCCAGGAACAACGUGCUGCACCUGUGGCCCUUCACCAUCCACGACCUGCGGGGCCUCGGCGCCAAAAAGUUCUACGGGAAGUUCUGCGCCGGCGCCAUCGACCACAUCAGUAUCCGUCAGCUGCAGCUGGUCCUGAUCAAAGCCGCCCUGCUGCUCGGGGUCGAAGUUCACGUCAACGUGGAGUUCAAGAACCUGGUGGAGCCGCCGGAAGCCCAACACAGAACCAAGGUGGGCUGGAGGAUGGAGGUGAGUCCAAAGUCUCAUCCUGUCAAUCAGCUGGAGUUUGAUGUCAUCAUCGGAGCUGACGGACGCAGGAACACACUUCCAGGUUUCAGGCGUAAAGAGUUCAGAGGGAAGCUGGCCAUCGCCAUCACCGCCAACUUCAGAAACAGGAACACGUCCGCCGAGGCCAAAGUGGAGGAGAUCAGCGGAGUCGCCUUCAUCUUCAACCAGAGGUUCUUCCAGGAGCUACGGCAGGAAACCGGUAUCGAUCUGGAAAACAUCGUUUACUACAAAGACGACACUCACUACUUUGUGAUGACGGCAAAGAAACAAAGUCUGCUGGAGAAAGGAGUUAUUAAACAGGACUUUGCCGACACUGAGCUGCUUCUCUCGAGGGCUAACGUGGACCAGAAUGCAUUGCAGGCGUACGCCCGUGAGGCCGCCGACUUCUCCACCAAUCAGCAGCUGCCGUCUCUGGACUUCGCCAUGAACCACUACGGCCAGCCGGACGUGGCCAUGUUCGACUUCACCUGCAUGUACGCAUCAGAGAACGCCGCCAUGGUCCGCCAACGCCACGGGCACCAGCUGCUGGUCACCCUGGUGGGAGACAGCCUGCUGGAGCCCUUCUGGCCCAUGGGAACAGGAAUAGCUCGAGGGUUCCUGGCGGCUCUCGACUCGUCCUGGAUGAUUCUCCGCUGGUCUCAGGGAGGAAACCCUCUGGAGGUCCUGGCCGACAGAGAGACUCUGUACCGUCUCCUCCCUCAGACGACUCCUGAGAACCUCCAGAAGAACUUCAGUCUGUUUACAGUCGAUCCAACGACCAGAUACCAGAACACCAACCAGCUGAUAGUAACACCUGCACAGGUGAGACACCUGGUGGACACAGGUGAGGGGGCGGGGCUUACCCCAGACUGUGGUGACAUCAUCCGGCUGCCGUCUCCGGUUCACUGUCCGUUCUCCCGGUCCAAUCAGCUGCUGACCUGGUGUCAGGAGACGACUCGUGGUUACCGUGGCGUCGCCGUUAGCGACCUGACGACCUCGUGGACCAGCGGCCUCGCGCUCUGCGCCCUGAUCCACCGCUACAGACCAGACCUCAUAGACUUUGACUCGUUGGACAUGUCCUCGGUGGAGACCAACACUCGUCUGGGCCUGGAGGUGGCGGAGCGUCAGCUGGGCAUCGCUCCUCUGAUGACGGUGGACGAGAUGAUGUCCUCAGAGGGACAGCCGGACGCUCUGUCCAUGGUCAUGUACCUCAGCCAGUUCUACCAGCUGCUCCGGGACACGCCGCCGCCCCCUGCUGGUGUCCUGAGUCAGAGCUCCGCCCUGAGGUCCGCCCUCAUCACGCCGGCCUCGCUGCUCAGCCGACUGGGACUCAGUCCGUCCAGGAAGAGGAACCCGAAGGACCUGAAGGACGCGGCGGGGAAACGCCGCCGGACGAGCGACGAGCAGCCGGAGUCAUGUGACCUGAACGGUGAUGAUGUCACCCAGGUGAGUGACGAGGCGCUAGUGGGCGGGACCAGAGUUCGUCUGAUGGCCAAUCAGCUGCAGGCGAAGCUGGAGGAGAGCGCCACUUCCUGCAGGAGCUCUUCUUCUUCUUCUUCUGCGGCGGCGGCUUUACGUCAACAGGGGGAGCUGUUGUCCAGCGACCCUCCACCCUCUGCUGAGACGUCGUCAUGGAGACCGAGCAAGAGGACGCUGCAGCAGGAACAGAUGAGCUUCCGGUUCAGAGAGAAGGUCAAGUCUCUGUCCGUCCUCGGAGGCGAGGAGCAGUGUCUACAGAUGUACACUGGUGGAGUGAGCUCAUUGGCUGAGCAGAUAGCCAAUAGAAUACAGAGUCAGGAGGCCCCAGGCUGCAGUGACGUGUGUUUCUUCUGUCAGAAGAGAGUUUAUGUGAUGGAGCGUCUGAGUGCAGAGAGUUUGUUCUUCCAUCGAAGCUGUUUCACGUGUUUCUCCUGCAGCAGCUCGCUGCGACUCGCCGCCUACGCCUUCGACACGCAACACCGGAGGUUUUACUGUCCGCAGCACUACGACCAGCGUCUGGACGCUCCCACCGCCAGGAGGAGGCUACCGCCGCCAGAAACCACCGCCACCCACCGCCCCUCCACCGCGUCCUCAGACUCGCUGGCGUCCCCAGAGCGCCGGCGCUCCUCAGCUGUGACGCCUGAGAGGAUCCAGCUGGAGAACUACCGCCGCCGCAGCUCCGCCAGGGAGGCGCAGCAGCUGCAGGAGGAGCAGCAGGAGGAGGAGCUGGAAGAGCAGCUGGAGGAUCUGGAGGAGGUCUCUGAGGAGACCCUGACCCGCUUCAACCUGGACCUGGACCAGAAGGCCCCCCACAGGUCCAGCUCAGAGUCAGAGAUGGAGGAGCAGGAGGACCGGCGCCGACACCGACAUCGUGUGACGUCAGAGGAGGCAAAAGCUUCCUGGAAGGAAACUCUGCAGCAACACCUCCACCUGAGGGAGGAGGAGGAGGAGGAGGAGGAGGAGGAGGAGGAGGAGGAGGAGGAGGACAGUGAGCUGGAGUCCAGUGACGAGGGCGAGUACAGCCCCUGGGAGACGGAGCGACUCUCGGCCUCGUGGCUCCUGUUAGAGGAGGAAACAGAGUUUUCAUCUCCCGUCUCGUCAGCAGCAGGAAGUGACAUCACACAGUGUGACUCCGCCUCCUCCACACUUCCCUCUGAGACCCCGCCCCCCGCCGCCGCCACGCCCUCCACCGCCUCCUUCAUCACCACCGCUGACUCCGCCCCCUCCGAGGCCGAAGACACGGCUGUCGUCGUCAUGGAAACGGCUCCACCCAGGGGGAGGAGCUCGUUUGAUGACAUCAGCCCUGAACUGCCACAGAAUAAGCCCCUCCCCCUACAGGCCGGAGGGGCGGAGUCAGAAGGAUGGAGGCUCCUCCCACUGACGGCUCCGCCCCUUCGGCAGGUGGAGGGGGGCGGGGCCAGAGCUCUGUGGAGGACCGUGUUCUCUAGAAACAGGAAGGAGAAGAAGAAGAAGAGUAGGAGGGGCAGGACUUUACCUUCAGGUGCAGCCAAUCAGAGGAAAGCUACAGAUGUUACAGACGAAUCAGAGCUGGAGUCGACCGGCCUGCUGCAGAGAUGUUCACUGACGCCCCGAAACAACCUGCGGUUGGAUUUGUUCGACCUGACGACUGCGAUUCAGAAAGUGUCGAUAAAAGAGGAGGAAGAGAACCAGGAGCCGGCGUACGUCCCUCACGCUCUGGCGUUCAGGCGAGCGUACGCCAUCAAGAGACGCUCUUGGAAGGAAAGAGUCCCGACCCCCGACUCUGACAGCAGGUCCUCCUCGUGUCCCACGGAGCUGGUGGGAGUCCUGGUCCAGCCGAAGGAGCCGUCCAGUCUGAGCGUGAAGGAGACCCUGUUCCAGAGGGGACCAGAGGACCAGGACCAAGACCUGGACGCCAGAAUCACCCGACGAGUUCAGAGAGCUGCAAGAAGAAAAGCCAAACAGGAACAGCUGAAGAGACUCCACAAAGCCCAGGUGAUCCAGAGGCAGCUGCAGCAGGUGGAGGAGCAGCAGAGGCAGCUGGAGGAGAGAGGAGUGAUGGUGGAGAAAGCUCUGAGAGGAGAAGCAGAUUAUUGGGGAGACGGACCGGACCUGGAGCUCCACCUGGGAGGACUGGGUAAACUGGAUCAUCCGGCUCUGAUGCAGCAGUGGUUCCAGUUGGUCCAGCAGAAGAACUCUCUGGUCCGCUUUGAAUCUGAACUCAUGAUAUUUGCUGGGGAGCUGGAGCUGGAGGACCGGCAGAGCCGCCUGCAGCAGGAGCUCCGAGAGCGCAUGGCGGUGGACGACCACCUGAAGGAGGAGCAGCAGCUCCUGGAGGAGCGUCUGAUCCUGGAGGAGAUGUUGGAGGUGGUGGAGCAGAGGAACUCUCUGGUGUCUCUGCUGGAGGAGCAGAGGCUGCAGCAGCGCCAGGAGGACCAGGACCUGCAGGAGGUCAUGGAGCGCCAGGGACUGGGCCUCAGCUGGACCUGAGCCGGUCUGGACCUGAGCCGGUCUGGAUCAGUCUGGACCAGUCUGAACCGGUCUGGACCAGUCUGAACCGGUCUAAGCCGGUCUGGACCUGAGCCGGUCUGGACCAGUCUGAACCGGUCUGAACCGGUCUGAACCAGUCUGGACCUGAGCCGGUCUGGACCAGUCUGAACUGGUCUGAGCCAGUCUGAACCGGUCUGAACCAGUCUGGACCUGAGCCGGUCUGGACCUGAGCCGGUCUGGACCAGUCUGAACUGGUCUGAGCCGGUCUGAACCGGUCUGAACCGGUCUGGACCAGUCUGAACCGGUCUGAACCGGUCUGAAUCAGUCUGGACCUUAGCCGGUCUGGACCGGUCUGGACCUGAGCCGGUCUGAGUGAGGAGGUCUCUGCCAGGUUUCGUCUGGUUUUGGAUCUUUGGACCUGAUGAGAACCGACCUGGAACAGAAACAGAUGAACCGAGGGAACAGAGCCGGUCUGAAAUGGACCCGAGGUCCAUCAGAACAGUCUGAGGACCAGAACCAGCAGCAGUAGAACCGUGUGGUGGUGAAGGGGGGCCAGCGGGGACUAAAGGUUAAUAACUGCAGGAACUGGUCUCUGAUCCAGUAUUCACCUCAGAAUCAUCAUCUCACCCUUUGAAUGCUUUCUGUUUUUUUAAAGAUUUGUUGGGUUUUAUUGAACAGAGUGAAGGGGGAGACCUUAAUGAUGUCAUCAGACAGGCUCCGCCCCCUCCUCUCAUUAAACUGACAUCAUUAAUUAGUAAUGAGUCAUUAAACGUUCAGCAGCUUAUUAAAAUCAUUCACACAUUUAAUGUUUGUGCCAAAGCCGUGAAACCAAACUUUACCUGUUUGCCUUAUUUCAUCCAACAAUAACUGUAUUAUUAUUAUUAUUAUUAUUAUUAUUGUUAUUAUUAUUGUUAUUAUUAUUAUUAUUAUUAUUGUUAUUGUUGUUAUUAUUAUUAUUAUUAUUAUUAUUAACCCUCUGGGUCCACCUUAAUUUAACCCUUUCAUUCCCUUCGGGCACUUCCAAAAAAACGUGAUAAAAACUUUACAGAUUAAUAUUUUCUUCUACUUUUUUCUGUUUAAACCUCUUAAACAACUUCCUCCCCGAUCAAAAAACUUCCAAACAUUCAAAGACUUUGAUGAUUUUAACCCUUUAAAUGCCAGUUUGAUUACAUGAAGUCACUGAUGGUUUUUAUGAAAAAACACAAACAUAUAGUUUUUUAUCAUAUAAUAAAUAGUUUUUGGCUGUUUUGAUCAGGACUGAAGUUGAUUGAAAGAUUUAACCCCAAAAAGUUUAAAAAAAGAUAUCAGUAAUAUUUUUAGAGGUUUUUUUAGAAGUGGACAUGUGCCAUAAAGGGGUUUUACUUCUUAAAUCUGACACAAAAACUAAAAAUGCAUCAAAAUCAAAUUUUGUUCUUUAUCUUUGAUAUAUCCAAGUCUGUGAUAAAAACCACU